CCUAAUCAUACAGAUUGUCUUUUGCUCUCACAGACUUACCGAUUUUUAUUGUAUAUUUAUGAUAACGAGCCGACUAAUAACCUGCACGGCAUCAAGAUAAUAAUAUAUAAACUAGACCGGAUCGGCAAACUGUUCUUUUAUAACGGUAAACAAACAUCUUACGUUAGCUGCUGUGGUCAGUUGCCACUGCGAGGCACCGUUGAUUGUUAGCUAAACUUGUUUAAUUUCUCGGCACCCGGGAUCGACCGUUACGCAGAAAUUUUUGAAUUCGUCCUUUAAUUCGAAAUCUCACAGUUUCAAUUUGUGGAUGCAAGUUUUAUUCCAUAAAAUGGGAUUCAGAAUAAAUUCUGUCGUGCCUGUAAUGGCGUUAUUAGCGCGCUUGAGUGCCGCCCAGAUUUAUGGCGGUGGUAGCCUUCUUGGUCAGGGAUAUGGAGCUGGUGUUUCUGGAGGAUACGGAGGAGGCGGAGUUUCUGGAGGAUAUGGAGGAGGCACCGGCAGUGGAUUAUACAGCGGAGCCAUUUCAACAUACGGUAACCGUGGUACUGGUUACGGUAACACUGGCUAUGGGGGCAACACUGGGUACGCCAGUACCGGUUACGGAGGCAACACUGGUUAUGGCAGCACAGGCUAUGGAAACACUGGUUACGGAAAUACCGGCUACGGCAACACCGGUGGACUGAGUAUUUCAUACACGUCCGGACUGAACAACGGAUUGUAUGGUAACAGCUACGGAUCAUCAGGUUUGGGAAGUGGUGGAUAUUCCGGUGGUAAUAACUACGGUCUGGGCACGGGACUGAGUUCAUAUGGAUCAACAUACGCCAACACUGGUCUUGGAGCGGGUUACGGAUCCGGGUUGUCCAGCGGGUACGGUUCAUCGGGUUUGGGAUCCAGCUACGGUCUGUCCGGUAUUGGUAGUGGAUAUGGAACCGGCAGUGGAUACGGCACCAGCGGUCUAGGUGGCGGUUACGGCAGCGGCUACAACUCGGGUAUGCAAUACGGCAGUGGACUGGGCAGCGGCUAUGGCACGACCACAUCGUACGGCACCAGCUCCGGGCUCGGUAACUCAUACAGCGGACUGGGCAGCGGAUUAUACGGCGGUGGUGUGAGCAGCUAUGGGUCAAACGGCGGAUACGGAAACAGUGGCGGAUAUGGCAACACCGGUUACGGUAUGGGAAGCAACUAUGGAUCAACCUAUGGCAGCGGUUACAACGGACUGGGGAGCGGUCUCAAUAGCUACAGCUCCGGGUAUGGAAUGGGUGCAGGUCUGGGCAGCUCGUACGGUUCUCAAAUUGGACUGGGAUCGGGCUACGGACAGGGAUAUAACUCCGGAUACGGCGCUGGUUUGGGAACGUCGGGUUACGGGUCAUACGGCUCCGGACUUACUGGGGGAUAUGGAAUGAGCCGAGGCUACGGAAAUCAGGGAUAUAGCGGAUACAACCAAGGGAUGCUGGGUGGAUAUGCCCAACAGCAGCAGAUUUAUGCCGCACAACCCAUAAGCGGUAAUACUUAUGGAUCGUCCGUAGGUCUGCCCUCGCAGUAUGGAAAGAAAUAAAUUAACCUUUUCCAAGCAGUGCGACAAAGCAUUUUUCUAAUUUUGCCACAUUGAUCUACACAUUUUUAUUUGAACAAUUUUUGUUCCUUUGUAUUACUACAUGAUACAGCAGUCGGUAAAAAUUCCUUUUCCACAAUAAAAGCACAAGACUCGU